AUGGGAAGGGGAACUGUGGCUACCGGCAGCUGUCCCCUCCCGGGAACCGAAGAGGAAGCAGAGACACUGACCAGGAGGCCCCAUGGAGAGCCGGCCUCGGCGGCCCUGGGCCCCACCGGGCCCCCUCGCAGCCCCCUGGCUCCUGGGCUUGCUGCUGUGCCCCUGGACCCCGCGGCCCGCAGGGGGGCAGUCGGUGACCCACACGGGCCCCCCCAUCGUGGUCACGCUGGCCAACAAGUCUGUUUCCUUCAACUGCCGUAUCACCUACCCGUACACCCCCCAGUUCAAAAACUUCACUGUCUCCUACUAUCACGUGGACCGCCAGGGCCGUCAGCAUUGGCACCGGAACACCGGCUGCCUCCCCACCAAGGGCAAGGAGAACCAGACGCUCACCCAGCAGUGCAGCAUCUCCCCCAAGCUGCGCGAUGCCUCGGCCACCGGCACCUACUACUGCUCCGUCCGCUGGCAGAAGCUCACUGGGAAAGGCAACGGCACCUUCAUCCUGGUCAGAGACACAGGCUACCGAGAGCCCUCAAGGGCCCCCCAGAAUGUCCUGCUCUUUUGCCUCAUCGGCCUGCUGAGUGUCCUGAGCAUCCUGUGCACGGCUCUGCUGCUCUGGAAGAAGAAACAGAUGAAGCGUUCACACAAACGCCCAGCCCGGAAGGGCCCGUCUCCAGCCCUGGCUCCGGGCCCGGCUGCAAGCACCGCCACAGCAGAGCAGCCUCCGGCCGCCGCCGAGUCCCUCUACACGGCCCUGCAGCGCCGGGAGACUGAAAUCUACGCCUGCAUGCAGCCCGGGGCCAGCAGAACACCCUCCAGCAGGAGCCUGGUCUCACAGGAAAAUCCACAUAGGUUCGAGAACGACGAUGAAUUUAACCUGGUCUAUGAAAACCUCUAGGACGGCUCCACCUGCCCGUAGGUCUCGCCCUGGAUCAGGGGCUCGGGCGCAGCCCCUCCCUCCCAAGGACUUGGUCUGGACCGGGAGUGAGGCCCUGGAGCACCCCUUCACUCUCCCCCACACCCCAGGCCCUUCCUGCCUCGGCCCGCCCCCGGCCCAGGCAGGCCCACCGAGUGUUCGCCAUCUCUAGGCCUUGGUCCAGCUUGUUCCCUCUGCGAGGAGGGCCCUUCCUCAGUCUCAAGGGCUCUCACGGACGCUGCCUGUUCCCAGAGCCCUCCUCGCCCCCUCGACACCCUCAGGCUCUCCUGGCACCGGCCUGCACCGCGGCCCACUGGGCCCCUGGGAGCUCCUCGGGAGGGCCCUGGCGAGGGACCCUCGUCUGUGCUGUGUGCACGCAAAGCGGAUGAAUAAAGGAGCAACUCUGCAAACGUC